GACUACCCGACGCAUACAGUAGAGUUCCAAUCCAGUCGAGACUGAACUAGACACAUUGUCUUCUCCACCUGCGAGAUCAUAAGAUAGAAUCCCUGAAAUGUGUUCCGACGUUGACUCUGCCGGGAAAGUGGCUGCGUUUGUGUCUAACUGGAAAUGGACGUUGACCAACCGGCGCGCGACGCGUCGAAACGACUUCAACGUCCAUGCUACAACUUCUCGUCCACGUCCACUCACUGGCAGUCCCAAUGGGCAUGCCUGGCAACUCGGCGUAUUCUCGACGGCUUGUAGAGUCUUCCAGCUUUUCAAAAUCCAAUCCUCUCUCUCGACCUUCAGUCCUCCUCUUUGAUGUCCGAACCCGAGUCCUCCGUACCUUUCGAACCUCUGUCGCAGAACCACAUCCUCCCUCGAGGUCCAUGUCCACCACCCUUUCGCCUACAAGGCACCCUAUACAGUUCAAUCUCCACCGAGUUUCCCUUUACAUAUCUCGCUCCUCGAGUCUCCUUUAUCUGCCCUUCUCACCGCUUGAGCCUCAGAGCAUGGUCUACAAGAGCAACCGGGAAGGACCCAGAUACUGGUGGAUAUGUAUCGGAACGUAACCCUAAGCCAAUUAUCGGUUCAAAAGAAGUUUCGCGGUCCAGUUGUCGGUAUCUGACUAGCUCUGCCCCGUGCCACCUGCCUAUUAUUUGCCCCGCGAAGAACGGCAGAAUGGAGUGGCAGAGUCAAAGGAUAUUAGACGUCCAGAGCCUCGCACGGGGCAGUGAAAGACGGUUUCGCCAUGCGUCAAUUGGUAAGCGUCCUGAAGGAUCGCGCGUCGGCAUCCUAAGCUGGGCAUUAUACGUGAUCAUAUAUGGGAUGGCCUGGAUGAUAUGAGCGCGGAGCAGACUCUGAGAGAGCGGAGAUGAAUCGUUGUCUUGGGAGGUGCCUGUAUCUUGCCUAGAACGCAAAGACGUCUAGCCUACACACAAGACUGCUGGAAGGCCCUCGUGGGAAUUGAUGAGAUCCACUGGUCGGAAUCAGGCUCAUGUUGCUUGUAGCCAGGUCUCAGAGAUUCCUUCGGGACUUUCGUACGAUGCAUCUUCAACUUGGCCCUUUGCCUGUUCCGGCCGGCAGUACUAGCACAAUCCUUCCGACAUGAUUCUAGCACAGCCUGCCACUCCUCUCCACCUCGAGUUUGUGCAUGCACCGCUUUCGAGCGGCAGCUCAUUCAACCACCGCGUAUCAGAGCAACCGCUAUCAGAUGCGUACUUCUGCCUGCAGAAGAUCCCGAUCAGCCGCGUCAAUCAUCCGCAUCGUGUUCAGCACGGUGAGAUGGAGAGCGCCGAUUCAGUGGGCCCUUGAUCUUCGGAUCUGGGAACAUGAUGAACCCCAUUACGGUGGGAAGAGGGCGAUUUUUGAAGAUGUUCUUUGUGCGCCCUGCCUGGAAUAUGGCAAACGCCCUUCGACCGCAGCCAUUGCAGCAAGAGAAGAGGAAAUCAAAAUCUUGUCUCUGAGGUUACUGUAUCACACAUGAGAGAGGCAUCUAUCCUGUUUACAGGGCUUGGACAUUGGAUCCGCGGGAGGAUUCUGCUACAAUGGGAAGAAAAUCAUUGAGGAUGUCGUGGACCACAAAAUGGGCGAAGGGAUGACUGCCGGAGGAUUGGAGCUCGACCACACGCACGGAGAAUUCGCCUGCCACCUACCGUCUUUACUAUAACCCGCCCAAAAACGUGCAAAGCGGACUGCUCUUGUCGCAUUACGCCAUCCUUCGCCUAGAACCAGGGUUCAAAUCUGUCGCGACGAGUUCCGAAGUCUAGUUGUUUUAUUUCGGACUAUUUAACGCCAGUUUCCUCAAUCUCGGGCAGAAGAUUUCCUACGGUAGCUUUCAUGGGACUUGAGAUGGCUAAGACAAUGGACGCAGAAGGAUACGUCAAGUCUUCAAGACGGGACCUCUCUCGAGUGAGGAUCAAAGCUUUGGCUUGUCUGUUCUUGAAGCUUGCCUUCUGGGCUCAUUGUUUUGGUUGUCUCCUUGACGUUAUGGAAGAUGCUUUGUAGGAAUUUUUGCCUAUGGUAGCUGGCGCCAAUGACGUUCUUUGAACACAACAAGGAUGACUCUAGGCUCACUUGAAGUGACGGUUCAGAAGCGGGAGUUGGUCGGAGGCGGAAGUUCGCAGGAUGCAAUUUUACUGCGUUUGGGAUGACAAAAGUUAGACGGGCUGUCCAGAGGACUGUUCCUGGAUACUUGUAUGGUUCACGGACAGUCCUCACGGUCUUUUUAUAAGUCUCUCACAUUCCCGCCAGUGGCUGAGAAGUGCUAAUAGUGUGCUAGGUGUUUGUCAGAUAGCGACGAUAAGGUUUGUGCUGGGUUGUGAGCUUCUUAUGUACCGAGAGUUCAGGAGGACCUACCCCGGCGUUACAGUGAAUGAACCAGAGGAACUUGAAGUGAAUCAUUCUGUUCCCUGGACAAUGGUGCUUCUGGUGCACCUGGGAGUGCUCAUCGCCACUCUUGAGCUAUUGCUGCCUUUUCUUCGCGAAGACAUAUAUUCUCUUCUCUUUCUCCCAAGUUACCUCAAACAACUCACAUCUUUCACCUCAAACCUUUCCAUCUCAUAUCUUUCUAUCUCGCGAUUUCCUCCACUCCAUUCGCGAUCUUCACUUUCCUUCCAUCUCUUCUCACCUCUCACUCUCCCUCUUCUCUCAACCUACGCCACAAACCCAACAAUGCCUUACCUGAACACCGACUCCGGGGACACCACCACCACCACACCUUCUACCUCUUCCUCUUCUAUUGCCGACGACGCCCACCCAUCCCUCGGGUGGAUGCUCCAACAACACAGAGACUACCACGAAAGCCCCGGCUGCAAAUGCCACAUAACCGUCUUUGACGCCGGCGACAUCCCACGGAGCAACUUUGGCUCUUUUGCAGAAGGGCUGCUGAACUCAGUGCAGUCCUUCCCAUUAGUUGUGGAAAAGUCCAUCCAGGGACUCGGGGCAAUACGGUUGGAGAUCUGGGGCACCAGCGCCCGGGCUCUCACCAGCUGCCACUUCAAAGUGGUAUUCCAACUGGAACUCGACCAUAUCGUCGAGCACGGGUGGCCUCCGGCCUCGCAACUCCCCGCGGAACCGCUGAGUCUGCGGGAGAUUCAGGCGGUGGCCUCCCAGCUCCGGCGGAAGAGGGCGAGAAAGUCACCGGCGCUGGUCCACCAUGAUGUCCUGGAACUCCUCACGGACAUCUACCCCGAAGAGAGCGAGGAGAGCGGCGGAGAGGAUGAAUGAUCCUGGGGUGGGGCCGAUAGUAGUCGGUACACGCUUCAGAAAGCACUCGGUUCGACGACCCACGAAGGAAACGAAGGAAACGAAGGAAUUGGUCAUUAUCGGCCAUACUAGCGCGGUGUUGGAUAGGUUGGCUCUAUUUGCUUGGGUUUGGGUUUGGGUUUGGAUUGUGCACAUUUUCCAUGGGUUUGCAGCGAAGGUUUUCCCAGCAAUGGCGUUGAUGGAUACUGAGAGGGCUGUGAGAUUGGUGGCGGUAUUGCUGGGGGUCCAGCACAUACUGUGUACAAUAAAUCUGAUUACCCUGCUACGAUGGAUUUCUAGAUGAGGCCACCGUUACACUUUCAGAAUGGCCGCAUCUAUGGAAUACCUGGAUUUUGAGUUCAAUCUGGGUAAUUAGGUAAGGUAGUUCAACGGCGCGCGUGUCGAUCACCCCUUUUUCAGUUCAGCCUUGGAACAAGGUUUCCUUGGACGGUGGACUCGGCUGGACGUACCAAACCAGCCGUCGAGAUCCCAGUGGUACUCACCCUGACGAGUUCUUUCUGCAUGUCCUGGUACAGUACCUUGCCACCUCGAGUGGAGCAGAGUUGAGAAGCUGUGCAUGAUCGAGCUGGACGUAAUAGGAUGAAUGCAAUGUUUGGGAUCCCUGCA